AUGAGAUGGAAGCAGCGAUUUAGCCAGCGGGCGAAGGCGUCCGCCCCUUUAAAAGCCAGCAGGCUGCGAGUGCCGGUGCCAUUUCGCACCUGCGCGGCACACCACCGCCACGCCACACGCGCGCGGGGGGUCGAGGCGCCGGCCCGGCCGCCGCAGCUAGCUACCUCGACCAGGCGGCUCACGCGCGCGGGGGUGCGAGGCGCCGGCCCGGCCGCAGCUACCUCGACCACGCGGCUGGCGGGCGGCCGAGGCUUCACCAUGGACAUCCACUUGGUCUUCGCGUUGGUCUGCUACGGCACGGCGGCUGCCGCUGCCACGAUGAACAUCCCGACGACCGUCAAUGCGUGGAGGGCCAGGACAUUGGGGGGACAGGGGCCACACUUCCCGGAUCCCAUCGUCGCCGCCGUGCUGGGGAACGCGGCAUGGUUCACCUACGGCUGGCUGUCCGGAAGCAACGAGGCGAUGUGGCUCAACGUCUUCUGCGGUUUCUUUCAGCUCGUCUAUCUGACGACUUUCCUCAUCUUGUGCACGAGCGGCGCACUGCGCUCAAGAGGAUUGCCUUGGCGCUCCUGUACCUAGCCGUGGUCAAACGCAUUUGACCCGGCUAGCUCUGUCGCUCACCUAUAUCCUGUUAUGCUGUAUGUACCUGCAGUACGAGAUGAACAUAGUACGGCAGAUGAUCCCACACUGGAUCAUGUCUUGCAUUGGUCUCAUCAACGGUUUGCUAUGGGCGAUAAGAGGGUUCACGCUCUUGAACAUGUAUAUGGUGGUACGUAGCACCACUUUUAGUUUCACUAGUCUGCUCUGGGUGAUCGAGCCACUCAUUGUAAAGUUACCAUUCGUGAUUGACACUACACUUUUA